AUGGCCGAGAGCAAGUGCCCCAUUCACCAGCGCGCCAAUGUUGGCGGCGGCGGUACCAGAAACCGCGACUGGUGGCCCGAGCAGCUCAAGCUCAACAUUCUGAGACAGCACACCGAUGUCAGCAAUCCUCUCAAGGACUUCAAGUACUCCGAGGCUUUCAAGAAGCUCGAUUACUUUGCCUUGAAGAAGGACAUUGAGGCUCUGCAGACAGAUUCUCAGGACUGGUGGCCUGCCGACUUUGGUCACUAUGGCGGUCUCUUCAUUCGUAUGGCCUGGCACAGCGCCGGUACCUACCGUACAUUCGAUGGUCGUGGUGGAGGCGGUCAGGGUCAGCAACGCUUUGCUCCCCUCAACAGUUGGCCCGACAAUGUGAGUCUCGACAAGGCUCGUCGUCUGUUGUGGCCCAUCAAGCAGAAGUAUGGCAACAGUAUCUCCUGGGCCGAUUUGCUACUCCUUACCGGCAACGUUGCCCUCGAGUCCAUGGGCUUCAAGACCUUUGGUUUCGCUGGUGGCCGUGAGGACACAUGGGAGGCCGAUGAGUCCACCUACUGGGGUGGUGAGAACACAUGGCUCGGCAACGACGUUCGUUACUCCUCUGGCCACGAGGGUCUGUCCGAGGAAGGCGUCGUCACUGGCGAUGAGCACAAGAAGGACCACUCAGAUAUCCACACCCGCAAGCUUGAGCAGCCUCUUGGUGCUGCCCACAUGGGUCUGAUCUACGUCAACCCUGAGGGUCCUGAUGGCAACCCAGACCCCGUCGCUGCCGCCAAGGAUAUCCGAACUACUUUCGGCCGCAUGGCCAUGAACGACGAAGAGACUGUCGCACUGAUUGCCGGUGGUCACUCAUUCGGCAAGACGCAUGGUGCUGGUCCUUCCGACAAGGUUGGUGCUGAGCCCGAGGGUGCCGAUCUCGAAUCCCAAGGCUUCGGCUGGCACAACGCACACGAGACUGGAAAGGGUCCUCACACCACUACCAGUGGUCUGGAGGUCAUCUGGACCAAGACUCCUACUCAGUGGAGCAACAACUACUUUGAGUACCUCUUCAAGUACGAGUGGGAGCUUGAGAAGAGCCCGGCUGGUGCCAACCAAUGGGUUGCCAAGACUUCCGAUGAGAUCAUCCCCGAUGCUUACGACGGAAGCAAGAAGCACAAGCCAAGAAUGUUGACCACGGAUCUGUCUCUUCGAUUCGACCCUGAAUACGAAAAGAUCUCGCGUCGCUUCCUAGAGAACCCGGAUCAAUUCGCUGAUGCUUUUGCAAGAGCUUGGUUCAAGCUUCUGCACCGUGACCUUGGACCCCGUGCCCGCUACUUGGGUCCCGAGGUUCCCAAGGAGGAGCUCCUGUGGCAAGACGUCAUCCCCGCCCUUCAGCACCCCGUGGUCACUGCCAGCCAGAUUGGUGACCUGAAGAAGGAGAUCCUGGGCUCCGGCUUGUCCGUGCCCGAGCUCGUGUUCACUGCCUAUUCUUCUGCCUCCAGCUUCCGCGGCAGUGACAAGCGUGGUGGUGCCAACGGAGCUCGCAUCCGACUGGCUCCCCAGAAGGACUGGGAAGUCAACAACCCCAAGCAGCUUUCCAAGGUUUUGGGCGUUCUUGAGGGCAUCCAGAAGAAGUUCAACGGUGCAGGUCAGAAGGAGCAGAUCUCUCUGGCUGACUUGAUUGUUCUUGCUGGAUCUGCUGCCGUCGAGAAGGCUGCACGCGACGCUGGAUCCAGCAUCACCGUGCCCUUCACUCCUGGCCGCGCCGAUGCCUCGCAGGAGCAGACCGACGUCGAGUCCUUCUCGCACCUGGAGCCAUUCGCCGAUGGUUUCCGCAACUACGGAAAGGGUACCUCUCGUGUCCGCACUGAGCAGUUCCUCAUUGACAGGGCUCACCUGCUGACCCUGUCGUCCCCUGAGCUGACUGCACUUAUUGGUGGUCUCCGUGUGCUGGACACCAACUACGACGGCUCCAAGCACGGUGUCUUCACCAAGACACCUGGCAAGCUCACCAACGACUACUUCAUCAACCUGCUCGACAUGAGCACCGAGUGGAAGCCUACUGAUGACAAGAAGGAGGUGUUUGAGGGCAAGGACCGCAAGAGCGGCCAGACCAAGUGGACUGGUACCCGUGCCGAUCUUGUCUUUGGUUCUCACGCCGAGCUCCGCGCGAUUGCCGAGAUUUAUGCUCAGGCCGACAGCAAGGAGAAGUUCAUCAAGGACUUUGUUGAUGUCUGGACCAAGAUCGCUAAUCUAGAUCGAUUCGAUCUACAUGAAUAG